CAUGCUUAUGUUCAUUGUUAAACCAUUUUUAAUGCAUUGACAGUGGGGUUCUUAAGAAAACUAAAGAGAGUGCCCUGUUCGUUUUCACAACAAUUCUUGGACUUGUUUUUGGAUUCUUAAUUGGUAUUUCAUUACCAGUAUUUUCUCGUUACAUGAAUUACUUACCUUCAAGCCAUAGAUCAUCUGUUGAUGCAGCAGUAUCUAAUGAUCAAGUAUUCUUUGCAGUCAAGUCCCCUAAAACAACUGCAGGCAAUGUUACCCCACCGCCACCGAUGAAACGUAUCCACAGAAAUCCUCGCUCAGAUCCUCGCAUUGCAAGAUUACCUCCUCGAAUCAUUGUUCCAAAAUCUGACCUUUUUCUUCACAGAUUAUGGGGUUUACCUACUCUGGAUCUGAAGAGGAAACCAAAGUACUUAGCAACAUUUUCUGUUGGUAUUGAUCAGAUGAAUAACAUUGAUGCAUGUGUUAGAAAGUUCUCUGCGGAUUUCCAAAUUUUACUUUUUCAUUAUGACGGCCGGACAAAUGAAUGGGACCGAUUCGAUUGGUCGAAGAGAGCAAUCCAUGUUAGUGUGAAGAAACAAACAAAAUGGUGGUAUGCAAAAAGGUUUUUGCACCCAGAUGUUGUUUCUUCUUACGAAUAUAUUUUCAUAUGGGAUGAAGAUCUGGGAGUGGAACACUUUAAUGCACAGAGAUACAUAGAACUGGUGAAGAAACAUGGUUUGGAGAUCUCACAACCAGGAGUGGAUCCCGAUGACGGACUGACAUGGCAGAUGACAAAGAGGAGAGAUGACUUAGAAGUUCAUAAGGUUACCACUGAGAAACCGGGCUGGUGUCUCGAUCAACAUUUGCCACCAUGUGCUGCUUUUGUGGAAAUUACUGCGCCUGUAUUUUCUCGGGAAGCUUGGCGUUGUGUAUGGUAUAUGAUUCAGAAUGAUCUGGUGUAUGGAUGGGGAUUGGAUUUUGCUCUCAGAAGAUGCGUUGAUCCUGCUCAUGAAAAAAUUGGCGUAGUAGAUUCACAGUGGGUUAGUCGUCAAGACAAUCCUUUGCUAUUAAAGCAGGGCAUAACCAAGUAUGGGAAAUGUCGUGGGCGAGGGGUUAGAAAAAGAUGCAAAACGGAGAGGUCUAUGUUUCAGAAUCGUCUGGCCAGUGCCGACGAGGCAUACCGUGUUCAGUCCAGAGCAGGGUAA